AUGCAGGUGAUCGCCAUUAUAAAGCGAGCAGCGCUGUUAGGACUGCUACUGCUAUUGCAUGCAUUGCAUAUCAUAACUCAGCUAUAUAAGAGUGUCAAGGCGUCGCUAAGGAGGCGGAGGAGCUACAACGUCAACCCACCCAAGUCGAUAGCGGUGAUACUGAUUAUGAACGAAUCCUCUGGUCUAUGGAGGCGCAACAAGCAGCUGCAAUGGCUCAUCGAUAGCGCACGUAACGCGACCAGCUGGUGUGAGAAGAUGGGCGUACAGCAGUUGAUGAUAUAUGAGAGUACAGGCACUCUCAAAAAAUAUUACAGCGAUAUCCAGGACGACGAUCUUGUCGCAGACACUCCACCCCUUUCUCCACCACCCACACCAAAGAUAGCGCCGAGGAGACUCAAUAAGGGAAUAUCCGUGAGGGUGCUGUCCGGCGACGAGGCAUCAGAUCGAUUCUUCACCGUAGCAGAGGAUGUGCAUAGGGAGGAGUUUGAGACGCAUACGCAGAGGAUAGCAUUCACAGACAGCCUGAUGAAGAGAUGGUACAAGCAUGACGACCCGGAACUUAUCGUAGUGCACCAUCUCCAGCCAUCAUUCAUCAGUAGGAGUCUGCAGAUGAACGGGUUUCCACCCUGGCAGCUGAGGGUUGGUGAGAUAUACCACGACGCUUUCCGCCUACCCUUUUCGCGCGGCCCACUUAAACAGUACACAUUAACAAAAGCACUCUAUGCAUACGGUAAAGUCGAACAGCGUUUGGGGAGGUGA